GCCUCUGCCUCCGCCUCCGCCGCCGCCGCCGCCGCCGCCGCCGCCACCGCCACCGCCACCGCCACCGCCACCGCCACCGCCACCGCCACUGCCACUGCCACCGCCGAGACUCAGCCGGGCCGUUGUCAGUGUCGCCGCCGCCAUCGCCAUGGCUCAAUACAAGGGCGCCGCAAGCGAGGCGGGCCGCGCCAUGCACCUUAUGAAGAAACGAGAAAAGCAGCGCGAGCAGAUGGAGCAGAUGAAGCAGCGGAUUGCAGAGGAGAACAUAAUGAAAUCCAAUAUCGACAAGAAGUUCUCUGCGCACUACGAUGCGGUGGAGGCUGAGCUCAAGUCCAGCACCGUGGGUCUGGUGACCCUGAAUGACAUGAAGGCCAAGCAGGAGGCCCUGGUGAAGGAGCGGGAGAAGCAGCUGGCCAAGAAGGAGCAGUCGAAGGAGCUGCAGCUGAAGCUGGAGAAACUGCGAGAGAAGGAGCGCAAGAAGGAGGCCAAGCGGAAGAUCUCUAGCCUGUCUUUCACCCUGGAAGAAGAGGAGGAGGGGGCUGAGGAGGAAGAGGAGGCAGCCAUGUACGAGGAGGAGCUGGAAAGGGAAGAGGUCACCACGAAGAAGAGGAAGUUAGGGAAGAAUCCAGAUGUUGACACAAGCUUCUUGCCUGACCGAGACCGUGAGGAGGAAGAGAACCGGCUUCGGGAGGAGUUGCGGCAAGAGUGGGAAGCCAAGCAAGAGAAGAUCAAAAGCGAGGAGAUCGAGAUCACCUUCAGUUACUGGGAUGGCUCCGGGCACCGGCGGACAGUCAAGAUGAAGAAGGGCAACACGAUGCAGCAGUUCCUACAGAAGGCGCUCGAGAUCCUUCGCAAAGACUUCAGUGAGCUCAGGUCGGCAGGCGUGGAGCAGCUCAUGUACAUCAAGGAGGACUUGAUCAUCCCCCACCAUCACAGCUUCUAUGAUUUCAUCGUCACCAAGGCCCGGGGAAAGAGUGGGCCACUCUUCAACUUCGACGUUCACGAUGAUGUGCGGCUGCUCAGUGACGCCACCGUGGAGAAGGAUGAGUCCCAUGCUGGCAAGGUGGUGCUGAGGAGCUGGUAUGAAAAAAACAAGCAUAUCUUCCCCGCCAGCCGCUGGGAACCCUACGACCCCGAGAAGAAGUGGGACAAGUACACGAUCCGCUGAGCAUCCUGGGAGGCGGCGUGGUCUCGCCUCCCCUCCGGCCUCCCCGGGCGCGCCGCUGUGUCGUCGUGGCUCUGGACGUCUGGCUGCCCCAACCCUGGCAGCGCCAUCCCCUGCCUUUCUCUUUUACAAUAAAAAGAAUGCACUUGUCAGAGUUGGAGCAGGUGCACUGCGGGAAA